UGCAAACCUGCUGUCAUGACACAGUCGUAGAUGUGUUUCUAAUCCUGGUGAUAUUACCGAUCUGUUGUAUGCGCGGAAGAAUAAGGAUGUUGGUGCGGAAAUUUUGUAUUUAACGAAUCCGGAUUGCGUCGGUGCCACACCCCGGGUGCGCGCGGCACUGACUCACGCACCCACCGUUACCGUUUCACGGUGACCGAUAAGAUCCUGCGCAUAUUUCCGUACAUCCGUGAUCUCAGUUGUAGGAAGAGGAAGAAGGAGGCUGCCAUCACCAAGAACUUCUCAUCCAUAUCCCCUGGAAUUAGCAAAAAAAAAAAAAAUGGGAGAGGCAGAGACCCGUCAGCGGUUACUGCGCAGCGUGAAAAAGGAGGUGAAGCAAAUUAUGGAGGAGGCUGUAACUCGGAAAUUUGUACAUGAGGAGAGCAGCCACAUCAUUUCUUUCUGUGCUGUUGUGGAAGCUUGUGUGUUGCACGGGCUGAAGAGGCGUGCUGCUGGCUUCCUGCGCAGUAACAAGUUGGCAGCACUCUUCCUGAAGGUGGGGAAAAUCUUUACACCAGCUGAGGAUCUGUGCAAGAAGGUGCAGGAGCUGGAACAGCUCAUCGAAAACAAUUCUAGACAGAUCCAAUCUCAGACGAGUCAAGACGGUGUCCGCAAGCAGUCACGGAUUCCCAACCUCUCCCCACAAGCUGUCAAACAUCUGUGGAUCCGCACAGCGUUGACGGAGAAAGUGCUUGACAAGAUUGUUCUGUACUUGGUGGAGAACAGCAGUAAAUUCUAUGAGAGAGAAGCUUUGCUGAGGGAUCCUGUUGAUGGACCGAUCCUUGCAUCGCUACUGGUUGGUCCCUGUGCUCUGGAGUACACUAAAGCGAAGACAGCUAACCACUUUUGGACAGAUCCUUCAGCUGACGAACUGGUGCAGAGACACCGUAUUCAUAGUGGCUACUGUCGCCAGGACUCACCAACCAAGCGCCCUGCUCUUAUUCAGAAAAGGCAGUCAAGUGGUAGUAUGGAUGACAGGCCCUCCUUGUGGGCUCGGGACUAUGUGGAAUCUCUCCAUCAGAACUCCAGAGCCACACUGCUAUUUGGCAAGAAUAAUGUUCUCGUCCAGCCAACAGAUGACAUGGAAGCGAUCCCAGGAUACCUAUCUCUCCAUCAGACUGCAGAGCUAAUGACGUUGAAGUGGACACCAAACCAGUUGAUGAAUGGCAACAUGGGAGAGUUUGAUUAUGAAAAAAGUGUCUACUGGGAUUAUGCAAUGAGCAUUCGCCUCGAGGAAAUUGUCUAUUUGCAUUGCCAUCAACAAGUGGACAGUGGUGGAACUGUGGUGUUAGUGAGCCAGGAUGGGAUCCAGAGGCCACCAUUCCGUUUUCCAAAAGGAGGCCAUCUGCUGCAGUUCCUCACGUGUCUUGAGACAGGACUCCUUCCACACGGACAGCUUGAUCCUCCUCUCUGGUCCCAGCGGGGAAAGGGAAAGGUUUUCCCAAAAUUACGGAAAAGAAGCCCACACAGCUCCUGCGAGUCAUUUUCUGACAAGGAUGAGGAUGAAGCAACAGAUUAUGUGUUUCGGAUAAUAUAUCCAGGCAGUCAGGAGUUUGUUGGCCCAGAGCUGAUGGACCAGAGCAUGACCAUGUGGCAGCCAGCACCAAGGAAGUCUUCUUGUUCCUCGUGCUCUCAGAAUGGUUCAUCUGAAGGUGGAAUUCCCAAUGGGUGCAAUCAUGACAGGGCGCCACUGAAGUUGCUUUGUGAGACCAUGAAGUACCAGAUCAUUUCUCGCGCCUUCUAUGGCUGGUUGGCCUACUGCCGUCACCUGUCCACAGUUCGCACACAUCUGUCUGCUCUAGUCAAUCCAACUAUCAUUGAGCCCGAUAUUCCCUAUAAUGCCAUAGGAGGCCUCUCUGCAGAAGUGUGGAAGACAUUUCUUCAAGAUAGUUCUGCUUAUGAAGAGGCAGAACUUCUCCGGCUUGUGUACUAUGGUGGUGUAGACCCCACCCUACGUAAGGAGGUGUGGCCUUUUCUGCUAGGCCACUACCACUUCACUAUGACUCCUGAAGAGAGAAAGGAGGUGGAUGAGCAGGUUCGAGCUUGUUAUGAGCAAACCAUGAGUGAGUGGCUGGGCUGUGAGGCCAUAGUGAGGCAGCGCGAGAAGGAGCAACAUGCUGCUGCCCUUGCUAAGUGUGCCUCUGGCGCAAGUGUGGAUCUUCGACAGGACUCCACGAUCAGCACUGAUUCAUCCCAGAGCUGUAGCUCAGAGAAACACAGCAAUGCCUGCUCCCAGUGUGACUCCAACAGUAGCACUCAGGUGUUUGGGUCUGUCGAUGAGAUUGACCCAAUUGAAUCUGAACCUAAACCAAAAGAUGAGAAGCCCCAGCCUAAAAUCCCAAAUGGUACUCUUCCCAACUGCACUAGUUCUCCAGACUCUGGACAUCCAUCCUCUCGCAACUUCUCAGUCACAUCUGGGCUCUCAGAUUGCUCCCCAAGCACAGAGGAUGCUUCAACACAGGAGAAUGGAACCAAAAUCAAACUACCAGAGGCACCCACAGUGACUUCUGAUAGGACUGUGGACCUUCCAACCAGCUCUAGCCUUGAAGACAAGCUCAAACAAGAACCAGCAGAAGAGCGCUCACUGGCUCUGGGCACAGGGAAGGGGAAUCUCAUCAAAGCACCUACAGGAGCUCUUGCUCCAGAAGAUGACAUGAACAAACAUCAGGAAAAUGAGAAGCUAAAAAAUUCUGAUGCCAAAGAAGUUAGCAGGACUGACACAAUCAAAUCCAUGGACUCUCAAUUGGAUUUAAAUGAAAAAUCUGAGUUGACUGUUUCUGAAACAGCAGAAAACACAGUUUCUAAGCAUUUUGAAGAGAAUACAAAACCUUCAGAUAGCAAUGAGAAAAGCAAGCAAAUACUUCAAUCAUCAGAGGCUACUUCUGAAGAGAUCACAAAAUCCUUAGAGGGAAUUAGGGACUCACAAAUGGUGGUUGAAACUCAGGAAAACAUGGAGUUUAACGAUUAUAAAGACAAAACUGAGAAAAAUAUUGCUUUAGAAAUGCAAGCAAACAAAGAAACAUCUACCAUGUGUGAUUCUCUCAGGACACUGACAAAAGAGGGUUCUGUGGAAGAUGUAAAAACCAUAGAUAGAAGUCCACCUGCAAAUACUGAAGAACUCACAAAGUCAGAGAUGACCAGUGCCCCUCACAUGGAGCCUUCGCAAAAAGAAGCACAGCCCCCUGAACCUCUUUCUGAAACAGAGGUGACCCAUGACCCUAACAGGGAGCCUUUGGAAAAAGAAACAAAGUCUCUUCAACCUCCAUCUGACUCAGAGAGGACCUGUGGCUCUCAUAUGGAGCCCUGGGAAGAAGAAACAAAGCCUCCUCAAUCUCUUUCUGAAUUAGAGAUGACCAGUACCCCUGAGAUGGAGCCAUUGGAAAAAGAAAUUAAGCUGCCUCAACCUCUUUUGGAAUCAGUGAUGAACAAUCACCCUGACAUGGAGCCUAUGGAAAAAGAAAUGAAGCCUUCUCAAUCUCUCUCUGAAUUUGAGAUUACCAGUGCCCCUAGCAUGGAGUUUAUGGAAAACAAGAUUAAGCUGCCUCAACCGCUUUCUCAAUCAGAGAUGACCAGAGACCCAGACAUGGAGUCUUUGGAAAAAGAAACAAAGUCUCCUCAAUCUCUAUCUGACUCAGAGAGGACCCGUGGCUCUCACAUGGAGCCCUGGGAAGAAGAAACAACGCCUCCUCAACCUCUCUCUGAAUUAGAGAUGACCAGUACUCCUGAGAUGGAGCCAUUGGAAAAAGAAAUUAAGCUACCGCAACCUCUUUCGGAAUCAGUGAUGAACAGUCCCCCUGACAUGGAGCCUACAGAAAAAGAAAUGAAGCCUUCUCAAUCUCUCUCUGAAUUUGAGAUGAUCAGUGCCCCUAGCAUGGAGUCUAUGGAAAACGAGAUUAAACUGCCUCAACCUUUUUCUCAGUCAGAGAUGACCAGAGACCCAGACAUGGAGUCUUUGGAAAAAGAAACAAAGUCUCCUCAACCUCUAUCUGACUCAGAGAGGACCUGUGGCUCUCAUAUGGAGCCCUGGGAAGAAGAAAUAAAGCCUCCUCAACCUCUGUCUGACUCAGAGAGGACCCAUGGCUCUCACAUGGGACCCUGGGAAGAAGAAACAAGGCCUCUUCAACCUUCAUCUGACUUAGAGAGGACCAGUUGUCUUGAGAUGGAGCCAUUGGAAAAAGAAACGAAGCCUCCUCAAACUCUCUCUGAAUUAGAGAUGACCAGUGCCCCUGACAUGGAGCCUAUGGAAAAAGAGAUUAAGCUGCCUCAACCUCUUUCUCAAUCAGAGAUGACCAAUGCUCCAGACAUGGAGUCUUUGGUAAAAGAAACAAUGCCUCCUCAAUCUCAUUCUGAAUCAGAGAUUACCAGUGCCCCUGACAUACAGCCUUCGGGAAAAAAAGAAACAAUGCCAUCUCAACCCAUUUCUGAAUCAGAAAUGAUGAGCAACUCACACAAGGAGUCUUUGGACAUAGAAACAGAGCCUCCGCAACCUCUCUCUGAAUCACAAGACAUUGCAUUAAUAAUGAACAAUCCGUCUAAUGCUGAUAAGCCAGAUAUGAAAUCUAUAAUGAACCGGGCUUAUGAUUCCAACAGAACCAAGGCAUUAAUGAAACAAAUGAAUGAACCUGUGCUUGACAGCUGCAUUUCCAUGGUGCCAUUAUCAAAACAAUCUCCAGAUUCAUCUGAUGACUCACCAUCUGCCCUGGAAAUGGAGGAAAUCCCAGCUGCUUUGGUUUAUAUGCCUUCAGAGGAUAUCUUGGCCAAUGUUCCUGUUACACUGGGUCCACCUUUGGCUCUGACGAUGCCACCAGAGAAAGCUGCAGUAGGUAUGCCUGCUCUGAAGCUGUGCAUGGAGGCAGGUCAGACCACCAGCCCAGAGGCCACCGAAUCAGCCUUGUCUGAAGAAGAGCCAGAGAUGGAGAGUCUGUUCCCCAAACCAGACUCCCUAGCUGUAGGAGACCAUAAAAAUGAUGUUGCAUCUCCAGUGUCCUCUAUUGGAACUACUUACUCUCAAGAACUUCUAGACUUGUAUACCCUCAAUCUUCACCGUAUUGACAAAGAUGUCCAAAGAUGUGACAGAAACUACUGGUAUUUUACCACUGCCAAUCUGGAGAAGCUACGCAACAUCAUGUGCAGCUAUGUUUGGCAGCAUCUAGAUAUUGGCUACGUGCAAGGAAUGUGUGACUUGCUUGCGCCUCUGCUUGUUAUUCUUGAUGAUGAGGCCAUGGCAUUUAGCUGCUUUACAGAGCUCAUGAAAAGAAUGAAUCAGAACUUUCCUCAUGGUGGCGCAAUGGACACCCAUUUUGCCAACAUGCGUUCCCUUAUUCAGAUUCUUGACUCUGAGCUUUUCGAGCUGAUGCAACAGAAUGGAGACUACACCCAUUUCUACUUCUGUUACCGAUGGUUCCUCUUAGACUUUAAAAGAGAAAUGGUGUAUGAUGACGUGUUCUCCGUAUGGGAGACCAUCUGGGCGGCGCGUACCAUCUCCUCUGGCCAUUUUGUGCUGUUUAUUGCCUUGGCACUGGUUGAGUUAUACAGAGACAUCAUUUUGGAGAACAACAUGGACUUCACAGACAUUAUCAAGUUCUUCAAUGAAAUGGCUGAGCGGCAUGAUGUUCCACAGCUUCUGGUGAUGGCCCGAGACUUGGUUCACAAGGUCCAGAUCCUCAUCGAGAACAAGUGACAACCUUUCACCAUUUGUUCUCCAUUGUCUUAUUAAAAGGCCACUCGUGUUUGAUUAUUUUCAAAUGAUAUAUUUUGAUCCAACUGUUAGAAACACCUUUCUCCGAGUUCCACAGAGCAGGAGAUGACUGAAAUCUUUUCUAAUGUAAUGUAACUUGCUCGAGAGCAAUAAAACCCAACAACAAAUUACACACUUGGAAAGAACUACAAAAUAUCCAUGGCAGAUUAUAGUCCUCUGCAGAGAAAUCUUAGUUGCAUGAUUCUAAAAAGCCCUGACAGUGUUUUCCAGCCUUGAUUACGGAGUACCCCAGCCCUGCAGUUUUUAUGGGUUUUUUCCCCCCCUCUCCAGCUUACCCAUACUGCAUCAGGAAGGUCCUUUAAAUUAACUGAUUAGGUGGAUAUGGUGUGUUCAACCAGGGAAAAACACAAUGUUCAGGGCAGGGGCACCUCAGGAAGAUAGCCGGGAACCAUGGUUACCUCAAAAAAUGAUGAUUCUGGUGAUGCUAGUGAUCAGAAAAUUGAGCAUCAACAUCCGUUGGAGUUGUUAUUUGGUGGCCCUUGAGCAUGGUUUCCAACCCUGGACUACCUUGUCUUUUUUAAUAAAAUGAUUUGCCAAAUGAAUAGAUGUUAAUGGAGCAGUGGUGGGAGAAACCUAAAUGAUGGCAUUACCAAUAGAGAUUCCUUGAAAAGCACAAGAUAUUUGUUUUUUUGUCUGCAAUUAAGAAACAUCCAUCAAAAGGGGUGCUUGCUGUUAACAGCACUUGCCAGAUUACAGUAGUUAAGUAUUGCUUGUCUGUCAUGACCACUCCAUUUUGCAUGGAAAACCCUCAGUCUGUGUCGGCACACCCUUCUGUUUUCAGGUAUUAUUAAAUUUGUAUUUUAGAUGAGAACAAAGUGAUUUUUUUUUUUAUUUGUAAUGACCAGUUAAGCUUUCUUGGGUGACGUUGUUGCUCGGUGACAUGUUGAGCUGCUACACAAUUAUGUACCUCACCUGAACCAACCUUACUCGAAAACAAUCAUAAAUAUACUAUAAUCUCGGAGAUGUGUUUAUUUUUGAGCAGUCUUUUUGCCUUAAGUUCCUUUGUUUAGGGACGCGUUCAGCAAAUUCAUUUAUGCUCAGUGAGUGAGUGCAGAAAAAAAAAAGAUUGGAUUAUUAUGUCUGUACAUCAAAACUUAUUCACUCCACUCCAGUGGUUGGCAUAUAUAGCAUUUACAUAGUGAGUGUGGGUGCGUGUGUGAAAGAAAACGUGUGCGUAUGUGUGUGUAUACGAUCUGAACUACCAGCAACCAAACUUUUGUUUCAUAAUUUUAGCCAAUGGAUUCAUUGUGGUUGUAGGACUCAGCUAAGACCUUGUAAUUCAGACCAGUUGUUUCAAGUGCCAGUGUUAUUAACACUAACCUUCACCCACAUGCCAUUCCAUUGACGUGUAUUGCCAUUUCUUAAAAGCUCUGUGUACAUUAGGAAUUACGAAAUGAUAAAUCACAGUAUAAAAAUACUAUAUAAAACGAUGAAAUUAUGUUAAUUGUAAAACAAAAAAGCAAAAGUGCUGUAUUCAACUCAAGAAAGUGAUAAUUUAUUUAA